GGUAACUCACAGAUCAGCCUCUUUCCGGGUCUGUUCACUGUGCCUGGACUCCGGGGGAAAUCAUGGAGCAAUACGGAGGCUAAUUAUUUCCAUCCACCCAUGAAUCCGAGGGAUUAAAAUGGCUUUUUCUUUUUGGACCAUGUAAGUCGACGCAAUGGAGGAGGCUUUGAUGACACCGGAGGAUGGUAAGAGGCAGAAGAGGGUGAGAUUCCGGGUGGCCUCAGGGAACAGCGGGCGGGUUCUGAAAGAGAUGUUUAAGGAUGAAGGGCCAUCGGAUUCACUGGAUUCAGACUGCACCAGCAGCUCCGAGGCAGACCGGGCCAGCACUCCAUCCACCAGCGGGGAGGCGAACGGCCACUUGUGUGGAUUCUUGGGGUCGGAGCUGGAUGACAGUGGAAGUGAGCCUGAUGACUUGCUGAUGUUUGCAGGGGGAAGAGACAAAGUGUUGAGUACCAAACGAGUGAAUAUCCUCAGUAAAAACGGGACAGUUCGAGGAGUCAAGCACAAAGUCAGUGCUGGCCAAAUACUCUUUAAUAACUUGGCUAAAAACAAUGGGCCAGAACUGACUCUAGAGUUUGGGCGAAUUGUAAUCUACACCACCAGUUUUCGAGUGGUCAGGACUACAUUCGAGCGAUGCGAGCUGGUCCGAAAGAUCUUUCAGAACCACAGGGUGAAGUUCAUAGAGAAGAACAUCGCUUUAGACAGUGAAUAUGGAAAGGAACUGGAGACACGCUGCAAACGAGUGGGUGAACCUCCUUCACUGCCUGUGGUCUUCAUUGAUGGACACUACCUAGGGGGUGCAGAGAAAAUACUUGCAAUGAAUGAAUUAGGGGAGCUUCAGGAUCUCCUCACCAAAAUUGAGAGGGUUCAGCACCCCGACACAUGCCAGACGUGUGGGGGAUUUGCCUUUGUCCCGUGCCCUAUGUGCCAUGGCAGCAAAAUGUCUGUGUUUCGCAACUGCUUCACCGACUCCUUCAAAGCUCUGAAGUGCACAGCGUGCAACGAGAACGGUCUCCAGCCCUGCUCCAGCUGUUCUCACUAAGGUCCUCUUCAAGUGCCUGCAACCCCUUCCCAACACCAUCUCCACCCCCAUAAGCCAUGUAUAAAACAAGAGAUGCAGAAAGAACUGCUAUUUGUGAAUAAACCAUUUUUAUACAAAACUUAA